AUGGCGGGCGCGGGCGGCCGGGGCUGCUGCCUGCUGGCGCUGCUGUGCGUGCUGCGGUGCCCGCGCGCGGCGGCCGCGCCACCCGCCGCCGCCUUCCUGCAGGACGUCCUGCAGCGGCACGGCGACGGCGGCACCCUCAGCCUGGCGCAGCUCAAGGCGCUGCUCAACCGCCUCGACGUGGGAGUGGGGCGCGCCAACGCGUCCCGGCCCGCCAACCUCUCCCGGUGCUUCGGCUCCGCGGAGCUCUUCGCCAUGCACAACCUGAGCGCGGCCUCGCGCCUGGGCGCCCGCGAGCUGCAGGACUUCUGCCCCGCCGUCCUGCAGCAGCUGGAGUCGGGCGCGUGCGCCCCGGAGAACCUGGAAAACGAGGAGGACGAGCGGACGGAGGAGAGCCGGCCCAGCGCGGCCGAAGUGUGGGGCUUUGGUUUUCUCAGUGUGUCGAUGAUUAACGUGGCCUCCCUGCUCGGAGUCUUCAUCGUGCCGUGCACCCAGAAGGCCUUUUUCAGCCGGGUCCUCACGUUUUUCAUCGCGCUCUCCAUCGGCACGCUGCUCUCUAACGCGCUCUUCCAGCUCAUCCCAGAGGCCUUCGGCUUCAACCCUCAGGAGGACUACUACGUCUCCAAGUCGGCCGUGGUGUUCGGCGGCUUCUACCUGUUCUUCUUCACUGAGAAGAUCCUGAAGAUGCUGCUGAAGCAGAAGGACCAGCAUCACCACGGGCACAGCCACUACGGCGCCGAGGCGCUGCCCUCCAAGAGGGACCGGGAGGAGGGCGUCACCGAGAAGCUGCAGAACGGAGACCUGGACCGCAUGAUCCCCGCGCGCGGCGGCGAGCUGGACGGCAAGGGCGCCGCGGGCGACCACAAGGUCGUCGUGGGCUCGCUCUCCGUGCAGGACCUGGCGGCCUCGCAGAGCGCGUGCUACUGGCUCAAGGAGGUGCGCUACUCGCACAUCGGCACGCUCGCCUGGAUGGUGACGCUCAGCGACGGCCUCCACAACUUCAUCGACGGCCUCGCCAUCGGCGCCUCCUUCACCGUCUCCGUCUUCCAAGGCAUCAGCACCUCCGUGGCCAUCCUCUGCGAGGAGUUCCCGCACGAGCUGGGGGACUUUGUCAUCCUGCUCAACGCCGGCAUGACCAUCCGCCAGGCGCUCUUCUUCAACUUCAUCUCGGCCUGCUGCUGCUACGUGGGCCUGGCCUUCGGCAUCGUGGCCGGCAGCCACUUCUCGGCCAACUGGAUCUUCGCCCUGGCCGGAGGGAUGUUCCUCUACAUCGCGCUGGCUGAUAUGUUCCCCGAGAUGAACGAGGUGAGCCGCGAGGACGAGCAGAACGGCAGCGCGCUCACCACCUUCGCCAUCCAGAACGCGGGGCUGCUCACGGGCUUCACCAUCAUGGUGCUGCUCACCAUGUACUCGGGCCAGAUCCAGAUAGGGUAGGACCUGCCGCCCUCAGAGACUUCUACCCAUUUUUCCUUUUUUUUCCUUUUUUUUUCGGGGGGGAGGUGGGGGGGGAAAUUCUCUUAUUUUCUUUUCCUGCUGCGUACGAUGGUACCUGUGCGGGCACUGACAGCACAAAACACUACAGGAGAAGAGGCAUUGCUUUUGAAACUAUUCCACGGACUUCAUAUUAUUAUGAUUCCAGGGGUGGGGGGGCUAAAUCCCCUUUGCCCAAGGACCGGCUUGGCCCAAGGAUCUCUUCCCAAUGUCGUAGCCGUCCCCUCUCCUCACGUCUCCCAGGAAGGACGGAGUUGGGCUAUCGGAGCUCCUCUGGCCUUGCAUUCGGAGCUGCUGCGGGAUGCCCUGGCAGAGCCGGCCCGAGGGGGUUUAAGCACAUUCGGGUUAGCAGCACACAGAGCAGGGGAGGCCGGAGCGUCUCCCGCGCAGGUCAGACACCGAUACCUCCCCCGGGUUCCCUGCGGCCCCAAGGAAGAAAAUCCUCCCACUGCUUGUGCGGGGCGGCUGCAGAGAGGGGCACGAGGGCAGAGCCGGGACGAGGUCCCGCGCGGGCUCCCUGCCUGGGGAAAAGCUCUUUACACUGUGACCAAGCGCACGAUGGCAUCUGCGAUGGGACAUCUGCUUUUAAACACUCAUGCUGCGGAGUUGCAGAGGUUCCGGGUGGCGAGGGGUUUGCUUUCUGGAAGAGAAAAAAAGUGAAAAAGGAGACCGCGAACCUCUUUAGGUUGUGUGUUUAGGGAGAGGCUAAUGAAGAGUGUUGCAGGUGCUUCAUGACUCUGCUUUGGGGCUGGUUUUCCCCAGAUUCACUAGGUGAAUUGACUUAUUAUCAUAUUGAUAAUGUUGCCCAUCCCAGCCGUGUCGCCUGCGGUUCCGUUGCAGCCCUCUGUCUCCUGCACCCGCCCCGAGUGGCCUCCCGCACCCAGCGGGAAGGACUCGGUGGCCGUGCGGCCAAGCGGGACCUGGGGCGGGUGGCUCAGCCUUGUGCACGUAGCACCGGUUUGGGGAAGGAAGGGUGCUGAGGAAAAUGCUUCGGGUUCUGCAAGGUGAAUGGGAAGGUUGCACCCCGCUUCCACCCACCUCAGGGUGGGGGACGAGCCCCCAAACGCAGGGGGGACAUCAGCGCUGUCCCGCAGCAGUGCCGCCCGUCUUGCUCGGUGCCUGGUUGUAGCUCCCAGUUUGCCUUAGGUGAGAGCCAGAUUUCGUUCCUCUUACGCUCCUAAUGGCCAUCACCGCGUCCCUAGGUGCCCAAAAUGUGGCACUGCCAGGGUCUUUGUAGCCCCCAGGCUCUGCUGGGUCCCACUGGCAUCCCGAAGGGAAAAUACCAGAGCUUCUUGGGAGCACCCAGGGGCGCAGCGGGAAUGUGUCGCCCUGGCCCUUGCUGCUGCCUAGGGAGAUGCUCAGUUGUUGUUCCCGCAGAUGCCACCUUUGGGCAUCUUUUGGGCACCUCCUCAGUCGUCCCCUACAUUUGUCCCCCCGGGCGUUUCCUUGCCAUGUCCAGGCUCAGAGCUAGGUGGCUGGCGUGGUCACCCGGUGGCAUUUCUUGUGUGACCAGCACCGUCCCAAGGUGCUGGGUCCCGGGGGCAGCAGGGCAGCGCUGGCCUGUGCAGCGGCCCCCCAGGACGCAGGUUCGGCUCGAAGUUGGGCCAUGACAAACUCCUACAACGCCCACUAACAUGGCGGGGCGAAAGCAAGCCCUUUGGCGGGUGGCAUGCCGCUUAUCUCUCAAGGAAGUGUUUGGAAAGCACUGUAUUCCUGGCAGUUUUCCAUGGGGCAGAGGGCACUGCCCACGGAAUUCACGGCAGGAUCCACGAGCCCGUGCUCUCCCCGUCGUAAGUUUAACCCAAUUUCCAGCCCACCGAAUCAGCUCCGAGACUCCGGGGGUCCAAAGCCCCUUGGAGAAACAAGGCUCCUUGGCUGGGAGCUUUGGGGGACCUUCCUGGGACCACCGAAGGGCAGAGCAGCUGUUGGGUGGUUGGUACCAGCCUUUGCGGACGGGAUGGAGCCAGUGGGAGACGGAGGAGGGAAGGUGACAGCACCUGAGCUUGCGUGGGGUUUUUAAUCUGUUUCCCUCUCCCGUGUCCGGUUAGAAGCUCAAGUUCCAUCUCAGUAUUUUAAUAACUCAGGUGUCGUAAGAAGUACUUGUCGAAACAAAGAACAUAACUUAUGUCGUGUGA